AUGGAAAAAAUUGAUACUUCAACCAAUUCCAAAAGAAUUCAAGAACCAUAUAAUAAAGUAGUAAGAGGAGAUCCAAGUAUUUCAUAUGUUGUUUAUUCAGUUGAUAAAAAUGCAACUUUAGAUGUUUUAGAAACAGGUUCUGGUGAUUUAAAUGAAUUUGUUGAAAAUUUUACAGAUGGACAAGUACAAUUUGGAUUAGCAAGAGUUACAGUACCUGGAUCUGAUGUUUUUAAAAAUUUACUUUUAGGUUGGUGUCCAGAUAAUGCACCUGCAAAAUUAAGAUUAUCUUUUGCUAAUAAUUUUGCUGAAAUAUCUAAAAUUUUCAGUGGAUAUCAUAUUCAAAUUACUGCAAGAGAUCAAGAUGAUUUAGAUGUUGAUGAAUUUUUAAACCGUGUUGGUGCUGCUGCUGGUGCAAGAUACUCUACAACUCCAAGUAGUUCAAAAAAUUCUACUGGUGGUUCAUCAUCCACUAGUGCAAAACCAACAGUUUCAAAACCAAUUCAAUCCAAACCUACAACCACUAGUAGUAAACCAUCAUUUAUUCCAAAAUCAACUGGAUUUGGAGCAUCACAAAAACCAAAAAAUUCCUCUGAUGAUGGAUGGGGAGAUGCACAAGAUGUUGAAGAAAGAGAUUUUGAUGAAAAACCAUUAGAAAAUGUUCCAUCAACUUAUAAACCAACAAAAGUAAAUAUUAAUGAUUUAAGAAAACAAAAAUCAGAUACAAUAAGUUCAACUCCAAAAUCAAAACCUACACCUACAAAAGAAGAAGAAAAAGAUGAUAAUAAACCAAAACCAUUAAGUGAACGUAUGAAAGCAUACGAUCAUCAUGACGAUGGUAGAUUAACUUCAUUACCAAAACCCAAAAUAGGACAUUCAGUAGCUGAUAAAUAUAAAGCUAGUACUAAAACAUCAUCAAAUACUCCAACAUUUGGAGCAAAACCUUCAUUUGGUUCUAAUCACACCACAAAAGAAAAACCUUCUGGUGGAUUAUCAAGAGAUUUUGGUGCUGAAAAUGGUAAAACUCCUGCACAAAUUUGGGCUGAAAAAAGAGGUAAAUAUAAAACUGUUGCUCCUGGCGAAGAAGAAGAAGAAGAAGAAAAUGAUCAUGACAACAAAGAAUCUCAAAGUCAUGCUUCUGAAUUAGCUCAUAAAUUUGAACAGCAUAAAAUAGAUGAUGAUGAAGAACAACCAGAGCAAGAAGAAGAAGAAGAAAAACCAGCUCCUUUACCAGCUAGAAAUUUCCCACCACCACCAAAAAGACAACCUGAACCUGAACCAGAAGAUGAAGACGACGAGGAAGAAGACGAAGCACCAGUGAAAUUACCGGCUAGAAAUUUACCUCCUCCUCCACCAAGACAACCAGAACCAGAAGAAGAUGAAGAUGAAGAAGAAGAAGACGAAAAACCAGCAAAAUUACCAGCAAGAAACAUUCCACCACCACCUUCAUUUGAUCAAGACGACGAUGACGAAGAAGAAGAUGACGAAGCACCAGUAAAACUCCCAGCAAGAAAUAUUCCACAACCACCACAAGCACAAGCACAAUCUGAACCAGAACAAGAACAGGAACACGAAUCUGAAUCCAAAGGUACCACAGCAGUAGCAGAGUACGAUUAUGAAAAAGAUGAAGAUAAUGAAAUUGGAUUUGAAGAAGGUGAUCUUAUUAUUGAAAUUGAAUUUGUUGAUGAAGAUUGGUGGUCUGGAAAACAUUCUAAAACUGGAGAAAUUGGACUUUUCCCUGCUAAUUAUGUUUCUUUAAAUUAG